AUGGGCAGUGGAGGUGCACUGAGGAUUGACCCUUUUAUCUCCAGUCACUGCUGCAGUGGAUUAGUCAGCUGCAUUUAUUUUAAGAUCAAGGGAGAAGAGGGAGCGCGGGAGCAUCGCUCAGUGUGCGAGAGUCAGAUCUUCAGGAUGCAUCACAUCUACAUGCACAGCAAUGAGCAAUUUGAGGUCUUCACCACUGUCCUCGCCCCUCAAGGGAGAUGCCGGUACAGAACUGAUGCAGAAAAGAUGGUAGUGGUGCACAGCUACAAGCCGCAGUGGCCGGAUGAAGUGGAGCUCUCUGCUGGUGACGUCAUCUUGGUUCUGUCCAAACAUGAGGAGGGAAGAUGGUUCGGGCGGCUGCAGGACGGUCAGCAAGGCUACUUCCCCGCCUCCUGUGUGAUGGAACUGGGCCAGGUGAACCUUCCUCCCAGAGCUUUACGGAGAUGCGCAUCUCUGAGAGGCCUGGACAGUGACUGGGGCCCGCGCAGCAGAGGCACAAGUGGACACAUUCGGCAGGCGCUCAAGAGAGGGAGCAAAGGAGGAGGAGGAGGAGGUGGAGGGGACCUGGUCCUGGAUGGGGGCCCCAUCCCAGAGCAGAGGCACCACCACAUCACAGUUCCUCAACCUGUGGCCUCCCAGGCUCACAGGUCCCCGGGUCUGCUCCACAGGAUCUUGUCCAAGUGCCGGAGAAAGAGUGAAUGCCAGGGCACGGCCAACGGGGCCUUCGAAGGAGACUGAAGGGGCCCCUCCUCUUUGUCCUGGGUGUGUGUGUAUGCAUGGAUAUAUGUGUGUGUGUCUGUGUGUGUGAGAGAGAGAAAGAGGGCCAAGCAGCUUCUGCAUGUGAAACAGGUCUUGAAUAUUUUGAUUCGGGCCAGUACCUCAUCGGUGAUGUAACUCAAAAGUCAUGUAGCAGAAGAGACGGAGCUACCGAGGGAAAUAAACCAAAAUACAUCUGUAGAUUUGCUGCACCUGCUCUCUGGUAUUCAGAAGAAUCACACCUGUCCGUACAGUUAUCACGUUGGUGACAUGCUUUUGUUCAUUUGGCAGCAUCGCUGCAGCUCACUUCUAGUUUGUACUCUCACUUAGAACCAGGGCUGGAUGAGGUUGUUGCUGGUGCAGUUCUUCAUGUCAUUGAGCAAGACUGACCCUGCGGCCACUGCACGACAGCCUGAAUAGGACUGUGGCGCUUCUUAUAUUUCAGAAACUGCGAUAGUUGCAUGCAGUAACUCUGGGAAACCCAGGAUCUCACCCUGUGUACGACAUGUGAGGAGAGUGCAUCUGCUCCAGUGGCAUGUUUUUAUGUGAUUAAAAAGAACAAAGCCUGAAA